AUGUCCAUGGACAUCGACGAGGCCCCCGUGGCCAUGGGCGGUGGCCCGCAACAGACGGGCGCAACAAUCCUCUGCUGCAACUGCGGCGCCCCCAUUGACGGGACCACGGCCACCGGCGCCCUGUGCUUCGCCUGCGUCAAGCUCACCGUCGACAUCUCCCAGGGCGUCCAGCGCGAAGCCACGCUCAACUUUUGCCGCGACUGCGACCGGUGGCUGAUGCCCCCGACAAGCUGGGUCGUGGCCAUGCCCGAGUCACGCGAACUGCUGGCCCUGUGUCUCAAGAAACUCCGCGGCCUCAACAAGGUCCGCGUCGUCGAUGCGAGCUUCAUCUGGACAGAACCCCACUCGCGCCGGAUAAAGGUCAAGCUCACCAUCCAAGACUCGGUCCAGGAAGGCGUCCUCCUCCAGCAGAGCUUCGAGGUCAUCUACGUCGUGGCCACGCAGCAGUGCCCAGAGUGCGCAAAGUCGUACACGGCCAACGUCUGGAGGGCCUGCGUCCAGGUCCGGCAAAAGGUCCUUCACAAGCGCACCUUUCUCUUCCUCGAGCAGCUAAUGAUGAAGCACGGCGCUCACCGGGACACCCUCAAUAUCAGGGAAGCCAAGGACGGCAUCGACUUUUUCUUUUCCCAGAGGAACCAGGCCGAGAAAUUCAUCGACUUCCUCAACUCGGUGGUGCCCGUAAAAGUCAAGGCCUCUCAGGAGCUGAUUUCGCAGGAUGUCCACACGUCAAAAAAGUCGUUCAAGUUUUCCUAUUCCGCCGAGCUGGUGCCGAUAUGCAGAGACGACCUCGUUGCCAUGCCCAUCAAGCUGGCCAAGCAAUAUGGAAACAUCUCGCCACUGGUCCUGUGUCACAAGAUCGGCACCUCGGUGUACCUGCUUGACCCCCAAACGCUGCAGACUGCGGAUAUCAGCGCACCCAUCUACUGGCGCGCCCCUUUCGCGUCUCUGGCCGAUGCCCGGGAAUUGAUCGAGUUCGUUGUCAUGGACAUCGAGCAGACGCCUACCCGGAGAGGGAAAUGGGUGCUUUCCGAGGCCACGGUUGCUCGCGCAUCCGACCUCGCCGUCAACGACAAGACGUACUUUACCAGGACGCACCUCGGCCACUACCUGCAGCCCGGCGACUCGGCCAUGGGAUACUUGCUGACGGGGACAAUGUUCAACAAUCCCGACUUUGAGGCGAUUGAGGAGUCCAACACGUACUCGUCGACGAUACCGGAUGUCGUCUUGGUCAAGAAGCAUUACCCCCACCGCCGGAGGAAUCGCCGCCGCAACUGGAAGCUUAAGCGCUUGGACAAGGACGAGGGCGAGCUUCUGCCCAAGAAGGCGGACCAGGAACGCAUGGAUCGCGAGUACGAGCUGUUCCUGCAGGACGUUGAGGAGGACGAGGAGCUGCGUGCAGCUCUGGCGCUGUACAAGAACGAAAAGAAGCGGGCCGACGAGGAGAUGAGCGUGGCGGAGACGGAGGAUGAUGGAGAUGACGGGGUGCCGCGGGUGAAUAUGGAGGAGCUGCUGGAUGAUUUCGAGGAGCUCACGAUGCAUGAUACAUAG